AUGAGAGGAGACGGGCAGGCAGCAGGCUGGGAACCCGGGCUACAUCUGUAUUCAGACCCUCGGGUGCUCAAUGUGGCCCGGGCCAUGGCUGCCGUGUCAUCGACAGAGGCUCUGCUGCUGGCAGGUCUGGUGGUGUGCUGCUACUGGAACAGUUUGUCCUGUGGAUUUGUCUUUGAUGAUGUGUCUGCCAUCCUGGACAACAAAGACCUGAGGCCCUCCACUCCCCUCAGAAACCUGUUCCUCAACGACUUCUGGGGCACUCCCAUGGCCGAGGAGCGCAGCCACAAGUCGUACCGUCCGCUGACCGUGUUGACCUUCAGACUGAACUAUAUGGUCAGUGAGCUCAGUGCUGCCUCGUACCACCUGCUGAACGUACUGCUGCACGUGCUGGUGUGUGUCCUGUUCCUGCGCGCCUGCCGCCUCUUUCUUGACCACAAACACAGUCUGAUGGCUGCGCUGCUGUUUGCCGUGCACCCCAUCCACACCGAGGCCGUAACUGGAGUAGUGGGGCGUGCAGAGCUCCUCUCCUCCAUAUUCCUCCUGGCUGCAUUUCUCGCCUACACCAAGUCCACCAGUCCAAACCACUCCAUCGUGUGGAGCCCCAUCGCCUUGACCGUGAUCCUUGUUGCCAUGGCGACGUUGUGUAAGGAGCAGGGCAUUACGGUGGUUGGCAUCUGCUGCGUCUACGAGGUCUUCGUUGCUCAGGGGUUCACCUUGCCGCUCCUGCUGGACACUGUCAGACACUAUGCCCUGGGUAAAGAUGGCUUCCCUCUGGCUCUGAUGCAAACGCUGCUGAAGCUGAUCGUCCUGGUCAUCAGCACACUGCUCCUCGUCAUCGUCAGAGUCCAAGUCAUCCAGUCACAGCUCCCAGUCUUCACCAGGUUUGAUAACCCGGCUGCCGUCAGCCCCUCGCCCUCCCGCCAGCUCACCUUUAACUACCUUCUCCCGGUGAAUGCGUGGCUGCUGCUCUUCCCCUCUGCCCUCUGCUGUGACUGGACCAUGGGCACCAUCCCCCUGGUGGAGUCCCUCCUCGACACGCGGAACCUGGCCACGCUGCUUUUCUACGGCUCCCUGGGGUUUCUGGCUCUGCACAGUCUGCGCCACAACCACCGCUCAGCCAAAACCGUCAUUAUGGCCCUGUCCUUCAUGGUGCUUCCCUUCGUCCCAGCAUCAAACCUCUUCUUCCCGGUGGGGUUUGUGGUGGCAGAGAGGGUCCUGUAUGUCCCCAGUAUGGGUUUCUGUGUCCUGAUCGCUCACGGCUUCAAGGUCCUCUCACGCAAAGGGAUCCUGAAGAGGUUCUCAUGGGUGCUGAUGGCACUCCUGCUCACGACGCACGCAGUCAAGACUUUCCAACGGAACUGGGACUGGGAGUCUGAGUACACUCUUUUCACCGCGGCCCUGAAGGUGAACAAGAACAACGCCAAACUGUGGAACAAUGUUGGCCACGCGCUGGAAAACCAAAACGACUACAACAUGGCGUUGCGCUACUUCCUCCAGGCCACCAGAGUGCAGCCCGAUGACAUCGGCGCUCACAUGAACGUGGGUCGGACCUACAAGAAUCUGAACCAGUCCAGAGAAGCAGAGGCCGCCUACCUGGUGGCCAAAGCACUGAUGCCCCAGGUGAUUCCUGGUAAGAAGUAUGCUACCCGAGUGGCCCCGAAUCACCUGAACGUCUACAUCAAUCUGGCCAAUCUGAUUCGAGCCAACGAGUCCAGGCUGGAGGAGGCAGACCAGCUUUACAGACAGGCCAUCAGCAUGAGACCAGACUUCAAGCAGGCCUACAUCAGCAGAGGCGAGUUGCUGCUGAAGAUGAACAAGCUGACCGAGGCGCGGGAGGCUUACCUGCGUGCUCUAGACCUGGACCGCACCAACGCCGACCUGUGGUACAACCUGGCCAUCGUCCACAUCGAGAUGAAGCAACCGCAGGAGGCCCUGGACAACUUCAAUCAGGCUCUGGAGAUUAGCCCCAAGCACAAGCUGGCCCUGUUUAACUCUGCUCUGCUCAUGCAGGAGUCUGGCGACCCAAAGUUCUGGCCCGAAGCAAACCGCCGCUUCCUGCUUUACGUGGAGGAAGAGCCGCAGGACGCUAACGGCUACUUCAACCUGGGGAUGCUCGCCAUGGACGCCAACGAGGACGAGGCUGCCGAGCGCUGGAUGAAGAAGGCAAUCCGGCUCCAACCAGGCUUCCGCAGCGCGCUCUUCAACCUGGCGCUCCUCUACUCCCAGGCCAAACGCGAGACCGACACGCUGCCCGUACUGGACGAGCUCCUGCGUCACCACCCGGACCACGUCAAGGGCCUCAUCCUGAAGGGCGACAUUCUGAUGAACCACAAGAAGGACACGCGCGGGGCUAAGGUUUGCUUCGAGAGAAUUGUGGCGUUGGACCCGACGAACGUGCAGGGGAAACACAACCUGUGCGUGGUCUAUUUCGAAGAGCGCAAUUUGCAGAAAGCAGAGAGCUGCCUGAUGGAGACGCUAGCGAUGGCGCCCAACGAGGAGUACGUGAAACGUCAUUUGAACAUCGUUCGGGGUAAAAUGGCCGCAAUGAACGCCGCGGGGCAACCGUUGUCGAAGCCACUGCCUUCGUUGCCAGCAGAGGGCGCUGCUGCUGCAGAAGAGGAGGCGAGGAAGGCACAAGCGGGGCAGGAUGGGAGCAGCGAGGAGGCGAGCGGGAAACAGAUGAAUGGGAGGAAGCCGCAGGAGAGUUUGGACGCGAGCCAAGCUGACAAACGGACUAAAGCCAAGAAAAACAUCAACGACAUCGAGGAGAAACGAGCCGCGGCGCUCAAGAGACUGGAGGAGAUCGAGAGGAUUCUGAGCACGGAGUGA